AUGGCAACCACUGCCGACAUCUCCUUCCAACGUUUCGCGGAGCGCCUCACCCACAUGAGGCUUGAUGCCAACACCAUCCACAAACACAGCAUUCCCAACCAGCUCCACUGGAUCCAAUAUUCAGAUGAAGUCACCUCGUCCCUUCGCGCCCAGAUCUCUGUCCGCGGAGACGAGAGCGAAUUUGGGUACCAGCAGGCCGCCAACUAUGACAGCGCCGACCUCAACAUCGUCGACGCUCCUGAUGGUCCUUUCGUGGUUCGGCUGGGUGUCACAGUCGGGCAGAGACUCCCAUACUCGUUGCUGCUCUGCAACACGUCCACUCCACCAUCGACCAUCCGCGCCCCUUCCAACAACCAGCCGGGCACCGACUAUCUGAGCCUCGCAACCCCCGCCCUCCACGACCUCUUGCAGACAGCCUGUUUGCAGACCCCAGUUCCACGUGACUCCGACUUAUCCGUUAUCGCUGCGAGGAUUGUAAAGCUGUCGGCCGUCAACUCGGCUCGCAGCAUUGGUACGCCUAAUCGGAAGUACAUUGGUACGGCCCAACGCGGCGACAUCCUUGGCAUCCGGUUCUCGGUGGACAUCUAUGAGGUGGCCGACCACUUGGAGCCACUGAACCGUCAGAAACCCUACCUUAUCCAAGCCAUACGCGACUACACCAAGUGA